CUGAGUACCUGUCAAAUACCUGUGCAUUUAUUUUAGGUACCUAGUUUGUUUGCAAAUGCCGAAGCCCUAUUUGCUUUUUACACUUAAUUAUCGAGGUUUAAAGUUUGUCAUUAAUGACAUAGGUUCCCAAUUGUAUAAUUGCAGCAGUUUUUUAGAAAAGAGAUCGUAAAGAACGCUGAAAAAAUAAUUCGUUUUAUGUUUGUAAAAUAUUCAUCCUCGUUGUUUAUAGAGUGAAGAAAUAUGUUUCUAGCUGAGGGCAGCCGUAUCGAUUCGGGGCGUUAUACCACGAACUCAAAUUCUAUAGAAUUUGGCCCAUGGCACAUUUCAUACGAUAUAAGUUGUAUAUUACCCAGCGUAUGUUCAACAAAAGUUGUUUGCGAACGCAAUGAUGAUCAGUUUUGCCAGUUUUGUUUAUACUGUAAAGAAUUAAGCAUACCUCAUUUCCCUGACAUGGUGUUUCCUAAAAAUGUUCUGAGGUUAGAGCACACCAAUGGUGCCUUGAUACAAUUCAAUCCCUUGGAUGCAUUACGCAGAGUUUCAAGCAGAUUAGACGCUAUAGAAGUUUCUUGUGCUGAAGCUUGGCUGGAGUCUCGACCUGGUGCAGAGAAACCCAAGAAGCCAUUUGACUGGACAUUUUCGACAGAUUACAAAGGCACUCUUUCUAAUGACAUUGCUGUGGAGACAACAAAUCAGAUAAUAGACUUUGAAUUAUUAAAACGUAAAGAUCAAAUUUUGUUUUACCAUGAUCUUACUCUAUUUGAAGAUGAACUUCAUGAUCAUGGGAUUUCCAAAUUAUCUGUUAAAAUUAGAGUAAUGCCAUCCUAUUGGUAUGUGUUACAAAGAUACUUCCUAAGAGUGGAUGAUGUGAUGGUGCGUUCUCAUGAGACCAGAAUGUUCCAUAUGCUCAACACAGACUAUGUUCUCAGAGAAUACUCUACCAAAGAGGCUAAGGCACAAGAUAUUAAUAUCCCAACAUCUGAAAUGAAGGAGGCUGACGAUGUGAUAGCAUUCUUACCUGUGAAAGAAAAAAUAACAGAGAAAUUACUAGUAAAUACACAUACUAAUUAAUAAGCAAGUGAUCUCAAUUAUACAUAAGUAAUGUGUAUUAUAGCUUUAUGUAUAAAGUAUUGAUGCAAAUAAUAGGUUUUUUAUACUGAAAUGAUUUCAUGUUGUUAAUAGUUCAGUACCACAUAACUAACAUUGUAAAAUACCUCAAACAUAAGUACAGUGUGUCAGUGAUUAAUAAAAGUUGUGAUCCAAUAUAAUGAAUUAAUACUCUUUUGUUGUACACCAAAGAAAAAGUACUUUCAGAAAUAAGAAUAUAUUAGAGCAAGAAGAAACAAUUUUCGUAUUUUGUUUUUGAAAUGCAAUCAAUCAAUCAAUCAUUGUUUAUAACAGUUUUUUUUGUUGAUUUUGCUUAUUUUUAUUUAAAAAAAUGAGCGUUUAGAAUACAAAAAUACUACUGCUUUAAUUGAUGAUAUUAUGAACCUGUAUAACAAUGUUAGCUACGCGGUAUGGGAUUAUAAGCGAAGGCAAUACAAUAUUAUGUCGUUUUGUAUGGAUUGUAUCAUUAUGAUUUGUAAAUUCCAUACAAAUAUGACACACAGUUGUUUGUGGUAACAAUACUCUUAUGUUACACAAACGUGACAUCGGUUUUUGCCUAUCACUUUAUAGGUAAAAGUACUCCAAAUAAAACUUUUUGAGCCAGCCAGUCACCAGGGUGGUACACUCGUAGCUAACUUCCGAGACGACAUACAUUUUGAAUCGGACUAUGCACCAAAAUAUAUGAAUGCUAGUUUUAUGGCAGAUUAACGUAACGUUUGUCAAUUUUAUAAUAUACUCAGGGCCAGAGCACACUGUUUAAGUUAAUCUCAAGUACAGUGGCUUUCACAUGGUUUUUGACCAGGGAAUGAAUUUAAAAAUCAUUCCCCAUUAUGAGUUAUACAAAAAUUUUCGGGUACCGCAUACCCGAAAAUGUUGGGUAUGCAGUACCUGCUAUUGUGCAUAUAUGAAGUGCACGCCACUGCUCGCGUGGGCAUAAGAUUUAGCUUUUAGCGCUUCAUAUGAACAAAUAACUUUCACGUCACGACUUGUCAAGUCCAUAAAAAUAUGUCAACUUAACGCCACGCCGUAAUGUAACGUUAUUCUGCCAAUUUUCUACGUAGUUUUUAAAUAAUAAUUGACUGUGCGUAUGAAAUGAAUUGACCCCGAAAUGAUGGCUGGGUUAUUUGAAAUCAUUCAUUAUAUGGGGGCACCAAUCCGCACUGGGCCAGCGUGUUGGACUACGGCCUUAACCCCUCCUCAUUGUGGGAGAAGACCCGUGAAGACUGUAUAGGGGCACCACAAAAACAAUCGUUCACGACUAAUUUAACGCGCAGUUUAACCUUAUCAGACGUAAGUUGCAGUCAUUACUUACCAACAGGUGAGAUUGCAUUAAGGGCUAACUUAUAGUGGAAUAAAAAAAAAAAAAACAGCACUUUUAUCGAAACCUUGCUAAAAGACAAACUUAGGUCGGUUACUUUGACAUAAUAUUUCUCGAGGCUAACAAUAAUAAACAAAUCAUCCUCAGUACUCAAGUAUUGUGACAUUCAGACACGGAUGGCGAUCAUGGAAUUUUGAAAUUUAUCAGCCAAGAUCUAUUGUGAUAAAAGAUAAUAAUGAUUUAAUAUAAUUACCGCACGAGCAAUACUUUGUAGUGAAAUUUUAUUAUGUAAAAGACUGACGUGAAUAAAUCAUAGCAUUCUAUAAAAAUGUUGAUGUUAUACUUUAAUAUUAUUAUUCUGAUCUGUGGUAAGUAUACAGAGGUUGUGUGGUUUCAAUAAAAACAUAUAGUGAA